CAGGACUUGAAAGAGUCAACAAGACUAGGCGCUUCCUUCGACGGCCAUAUUCUACUUCUACCAGAGGGGAAUAACCAUCAAGUCUGCGUAAAAUGAGAACGUAUAUUUGGAUACCAAUUCUGGUUUGGUUAGCGGUGACAAAAGAGGCAGUUACAUGUACAUGUCAAAAAGUUGAAAGAGCAGAUUGCUGUUGUCCACAUCCAGACUGUGGCUCCAUCUAUCGGUCGGGCGUACAUCAGAGCGGUGUUUACUGGCUCAGACCGUAUGAUAACAAAGGAGGGUUCUGGGCGUAUUGUGACAUGUUGACUGACGGGGGCGGAUGGACGGUGUUCCAGAGACGCAAAGAUGGUUCCGUUGAUUUUUACCGUGGCUGGGAGGAAUACAAAGAAGGGUUUGGAUAUCCCAAUAGUGAACACUGGCUUGGGAACGAGUUCCUCCACCGCUUGACGGGACAGAGGCUGUACGCUUUGAGAGUAGACUUGAGAGACGGUAACGGCACCGAAGCCUACUCCAAGUCCUCCCUCUUUAAAAUCAGCGAUGAGGCUGAGAAGUACAAGCUUACUUUGGGGGACUACUCGGGAACGGCCGGCGGUCCCAUGACUGGUAACGGAAAACCUUUCACUACGAAGGACCGGGACAACGACGAUCACGCUGGGAACUGUGCUACGAUGUACAAAGGAGCGUGGUGGUACACAAAAUGCCAUGCUACUAACCUGAAUGGGCGCUACUACAACGGACCGCACGACUCCUAUGCUGAUGGUGUGAAUUAUCAGCAGUUUAGAGGAUACCAUUACUCGCUUCCAUUCACUGAGAUGAAGAUACGCCCAGUUGAUUUUUAAAAAGAUUAUGUUACAUGUUUGUACUGGUGACUUUUAAUACGAGAAGUUAAAUAAACGUUUUAGCAAUAAACAGAAACAUGAUCACACUGUCCCGUACUGGAAAAUGACCUAAGGCCUAUAGUUUAUCAUAAAUAUCCAGUUGUGUUGUUUUCAAACCUGAUAUUGUUUUAUAUUAAAUUCUGCUAAAAACCAUCCCCAGCCUGUCAGCUGAAUGUCAACACCAUGUGGCGCUUAAGAAUCACUGCGACCAGAGGAGAAGAUAUAUCUUGAAAGCUCCUAUGUAAGCCACAGUACUUGUACCAGUACACCGGUACCGUAUGCGUCCAGUCUCUUCACUUCUGCAGAAUCCCUAACGAUAAAAUUACAAAAAUGAUUUGGUAUUUGGUCAGAUACUAGCAAGAUACUGGUACGAUUUUGUGGCCUUUUUUGGAGUUCAAAUUUGUUUUAACCCAGACAAAUAUUAUUAUUUUAUUCUUGAAAUAAAGUUGUGUAAAGAA